AUGGCCAGCUUCCUUGCAGCAGUUGACGGUUCGUGCCAGAGCCCUGCGCACAAGCGUGGCCGGUCCGACCAGUCCGACAAGCCCGCGGGUGCUCCUCCUCCUGAGUCGAAGCACCGUUCCUCAGGCCGGCCCGAGGUCUCUGCUUUGAGCAACCUGGACUUGACCCGUGGGUAUCUCGAUCACGAUGCCCAAUUGCGACAGCUGCAUGCCUCUUGCACGCUUGUGUUCAAGUACGACAUUCAGUGUGUUUUCUCUGAGCUGAUGUUGGGUGCGGUUCGCACCUGGCAAGAGAAGCAUCGCCCUGGCGCCCUCACCCUUUGGGGCGAGGACAUGUCCGUCAUUGCUCGUGAGAUCAGCCUGUGCGCUGCGCGGCCCUCUUCGAAGAAGACACAUUUGAUUUUGGAGUUUAGGCCGCACCUUGCAAGUGUGCUGAUUCCAGCGCUGCCCGUCAUAGCUGUGUUGCUUGAGGCCCGAGGCGGCGAGCGCCUGGAUGUGCGCCCGCAGGGCAGUUUGGCCCGCAAGGCCAAGGGCCUCUGA